AUGGGGAAAAAAAAAAAAUAUGUAUAUUUGGAAUUUUCCAUAAAUACAAUAAGAUUAGGAAAAGUUUAUUUUGAAUUAUAUAAUGAUGAAGGAAUAGAAAAAUCAAUAGAAAAUUUUUUAAGUCUAUGUAAAGGAAAUGAAUAUCAUAGUAUUUACUCAAAUGAAAUGUUAACAUAUAAAAAUUGUAAAAUAGAAAAAAUAAAAAAAAAUAAAUCAAUAAAAUGUGGCUAUUUAAGAAAUAAGGUUCAUUUAGGAAAUAAGAAUAAUAACUUUGAAUAUAUUAGUAACAAUUUAUUAACAAAUAAAAAUAAAUAUGAAAAAAUUGAAUGUAUUUAUGGAGAGACAUAUAAUAAAGAAUAUUCACAAAGAAAACAUUUAAGUGCAGGUUUAUUAACAGUUAUUCAAGUAGGAAAAAAAAAAUGUUCCUCAAUUUUUAAAAUUACAUUAAAUAAAAUAAAAAAAUAUGAUAAUAAAAAUGUUAUUAUUGGACGGGUAAUUAAAAAUAUGCACAUUAUACGAGCAAUUGAAUUAUUGCCUGUUAAUAAUUUUUAUCAACCAAAGGUUAACAUUUAUAUAUCUGAUUGUAAUGAAAUACAUGAAUCUUUUUUUAAAUCUGAACAAAUAUCAAAUAGACAAUCAUAUAUUAAUAGUUUAUUUAAUAAUUUUUAUGAAACAAAUAAAAAUAAAAUAGAUGACGAAUUUGAUGCAGAAAAUGACCUUCCUAUAUAUGACUCACUAAAUGCUAAAGACAGAGAUAAUAAAAAUAAAGUUACAGAAAAACAAAAAGGUAUUGAAUUGCUAAACAAAAUACUUGAAACUAUUGAAUUGGGUUCGAAACAUGCAGAAAAAGAAUUGCCACAACAAGUUGCUAAAAUAAGUGAGAAUGAGCAAGGUCAAGAUGAAACCCAUGCCCAAAGCCAGCAUAAAAAUGAGCAUAAAAAUGAGCAUAAAAAUGAACAUAAAAAUGAGCAUAAAAAACGAGAUGCCUCACAAGAAUACUAUAAAAUAGAUAAUGACCAAGCAAGUAAGAAAAUUUCCGAAAAAAUUGAAGAAAAAGAGGAAUCUUUGGAAUCAUGUGUAAACAUAUUUGAAAAAAAUAUAAACAAAGAAAUGACAGAAAGGGAAAGGAGACUGUUAGAAAUCCAACUAAAAAUAAAUCAAUCAAAAAGCUUAAAUGAAAUGGAAAAUAUAAAAGAAAAAAUGGGCCAAUCUUUUACUGGCCAACGAAAUAAAUAUUUAGAAUAUAUUAAUUACACAUUUGAAAAAAAUAAAAACGUAGUAAAUGCUGUUCCAAAAGGAAUCAAAAAACAGACGCAAAAAAAUGUCCCAGAAAAUGAGCGAAAUGAGCAAGCCGAACAAAAUGAGAAAGUCGAACAAAAUGAGCAAGCCGAACAAAAUGAGCAAGCCGAACCAAAUGAGCGAAAUGAACAAACCGAAGAAAGGAACUACGUUUACAAUACAAGCGCUAUAAAGGCGUACAAUUCGAUAAGCAAAAAAAAAAAAAAAAAAAUGGAAGCAUAUGAACUUGAUAAUGAUAUAAAUUUAUACAAAAAAAUAAAAUUUAAUUUGUCAAUAAAUAGAAAAAUAUAUGAUGAAAAAAAAGAAAUAUAUGGUAAAAAUUUUUAUGGAAAUAAUUUGUUAAUUCAUGAUAAUACACCAUGUACUGAUAAAGAUAAAAAUAAAGUUAUAGAAUUCUGUAAAAAACAAGAAGAAUUAAGAAGUAAGCUUAGUAGAAAAAGAACAAAUGAUAAUGAAAUUUUCAAAAAUUAUAUUAAUAGGCGAAAUAAAAUAUAUAAUAAAAAGUUGGAUCGUUAUUUUAAUGAACAUACAGCAGAAAUAAGACGAAAUUUGGAGAAACAACAUUGA